AUGACCCACGCUCUUCGCGUCCCUCAAAUUGACCUGUCAUCUGUCCUAGCCGCACCAAACCCUCACAUUGAUCUCAGGCUCGACGCGUACGAAUCCUCGACACGCAACUUUCUCAAAGCCGUCACAGACUACAAGAACCACGCGAUCACAGAGAUCGCUCGUCGAAGUAACUCACAUGCUGCGGAGAAAAAGAAACUCGCGGACAGGGUCCAGCACAUCGAGAGCGACACUAACCAAUGCAAGAUGCGGGAGAUUGAGCUCGUGACCACUUUGGAAAAGGAGCAGGAGGAAUUGAAAGGUGCCGAGGCAUCCGUCGCUGCACUACGCCGGCAACUCAAUACGAUCCGCGAGAACUGCGCGGCCCUUGAUGCUGAGAUCGAGCAGUACCGCAUUGUUGCUUCAAACCUUCGCCAUGAUAGGGACACGGAGCGUGCUACAAUCACAACCAACAUGGCCAUCACCACACCCGAGCUCCUUGCCUGCCAGACAGGUCUGCGAUGUAUUGUGGAGGGUGUGGGACAAGACCAACUCCUUAUCCGUUUCUCACAUCUCUUUUCUGGAGAUCAGCAGCGUGAAUGCAGGGUUGUGCUCGAUGUAUCAUCCCAAAUGUACAAAGGUAAUAGUGAAUAG